AUGGCUUCGGACGACGAAUCUCAUUCGCGGUCCAAGAGGCCAACGCCAAUGACCAGACAGUCGUCGUCGCAGUCGCACAUUUCGCAGUCGCCGUCCGAGGGGGGCCACCAACGGCCUACGCACCACAAAGCCCAGCGGCACCAUGUUGUUGGCCAGCGCGUACAGAGGAAUACAUCGUUUGGCAAGAACCUCAACAAGCUCAGCAAGGCCGAGAAGCAGGCACAGCAGGCGCAGCAAGGGGCUGAACACGGCGGCCGACACCAUCGUCGUUCGCAGUCGGGUAAUUCUGUCUCUGCGCCCAGCAGCCCUCACUCGCGGCCGGGCUUCAAGCGCCAUGCAUCAUCUGGUGCUAUUGUGAGAGCAAACCAGGCACAGGUGCAGGCCAACCUACGUAGAAACCACUCGAGCGGUCAUUUGCCGCCGCGACAAGGGCACGGCAAACACGGGCUCAAGUCCAAGGGCGAUCAUGCUGUGUCGAGGCGCGCACUCGCGACACCCAACCGAUCUCGCCAAUCAUCGCCCGAGCCAGGUGCAGGAGUGCAUUUCGACCUCGCCAACGAGGACGAGGAUGGCGACGAGGCCGGAUGGACGGAAGAGAGUGCGUCUCAGUCACCAACAACGACUCGAUCCAACACGCGCUCCAACUCGGUCAUACUCGACGCACAACACCGGGCGGCUGAGAUCAACAUGGAGAGAAACAGGGGGGAGCCAUCACAGCAAAUAAGCGCGAUCCGGGAACAGCCAACGCAAGCAGCUCAGCCAGUUGUCGACCGCACACGCAGCAGCACACAAAUCAACGGAGGGAGCUCGUACCAGCACUCGAGGCCUCCGGAUGCUGACAUGAUUACUUCACGUCUACUCCAGCGUAGUGCCUCGCAUCAUGUCCCUCCCAAAACAACGUCAGUCGCGGCCACGGUAGUGUCGUCGUCGGACCGGCACAAUCUCCUUAGCCACACGGCUGGAUCUGUGGGGUCGACGCUGGUGGACACAUCCGGGCGCGACCUAGUAUCACGGUUCAUGGACGGUGAUGGUUCAGCAGGAACACCACACGAGGGCGAGUACAUGGCCGGGCGCGGUGCCAAGGACGAGGACGAGGGAGGCGGACUGGACAAGAUGAAAAGGAACAAGUCAAUGCCAAACUUUAGUGGCGGUACAGACACGCCGUCGAAGACGCCGCAGCGGUCAGGCACGACGACACCUACCAACCUGCCGCCGUCACGGACUCAACAGAAGCUCAUGUUGCAACGAGCAUCAUCCAACGUGGAGCCACAGAAGCUGGUUCCCGUGACUCUUCCACGGACGGGCGGGCCGACGUACCUUCAGUCGAGCAUACAGUAUAAUGCAAAUGGCGAGGGACGGUUGGACCCACGGCUGCUGCAGCAGUUUAACCACGUUGCGGUUGAAUACAGUGUAGUGCGAAGAUACCGCAACCCGAUAGCGGACGCGGUUGCGCGCAUCUCGCAAAUGCCGGGCAUGGCAGUCAAGAUGCGGGCAUCCAAGCAGCAGCAGCAGCAAAAGGCGAAUGGAAACGGAACGGGAGCAAACAGUCUGAGCACGAGUUUCAAUGACGGGGUUGCUGAAACGGAUGGAGCGGGAUCGCGGAGAUCGCGAGUCAGCUUCGAGAAAGCGAGGAGUAGUCGAACAGAAGGCGAGUUUGAAGGGCGGCAAAGCUUCGAGAGCGAGCAAGCGCGCAGUCGAAACGAAGCCGAGGAAAUGUGUCGGCGACUGUGGGAAAGCGCCGAAGUGGUUGAAGCGGACUGA